UUAUCUUCCUUAUCUUGCACAACGAAAAAUAACCGAGACAGUUCAACAAAAGUUUUUGCUGAAAAUGGGCAGGAAGUGUGUAAUCGUUUUUUCAAUAUUUUUAGUUUUCCAAUCAAUUUCUGCACACCCAACUUUUAAUAAAAACCAAGAACUCCGCGAUGACGACUUAUUAGAUGUUUAUUUAGAUAACAACAGCAAUGAAAAUGUAGGUGUUUUAAAGGCGGAUAAUUUAGACGGCCUCCAAUGGGAUAACGAUGAAUAUUUAUCGAAAUCUUACGAUAACGACGAAUACAACGAAUAUAAUGAGCAUUCUUUCAACGACCACGUCGAAAACAGCCAAGUUCAUAACAUCAAAAAACGGGAAAGUAACGAAACCACUUCCGAUGUAAUAAACGAAGAGGUUAAAGAAGAAAAUGAAAAUAAUCAAGAAGAAACAGCAACUCAGGAGGAAAGUCAACCUGAAUCAACCGGAAACGAGGAAGCUCCACAAGAAAAUAUAAACGAAGAAGAAACUGGAGAUAGUGGGACAAAUGUAGAAGAAAAAACCGAGGGGGAAACUGUAAUUGAAGAAGGAACUAACACAGAUAAUCCUAAUUUAGAAGAAAAUCAAUCUCCCACAGAUAAUGAGGAAGUUAAUAAAGAUGUAGCAAAUGAAGAAACUCAAUCUGAAGAAACUCCUAGUCAGGAAACUCCUGUGCAAGAAACUCAUAUUGAAGAAGCACCUAUUGGGGAAAAUCCUAUUGGGGAAACUCCUAUUGGGGAAACUCCUAUUGGGGAAACUCCUAUUGGGGAAACUCUUAUUGAGGAAACUCCUAUUGGGGAAACUCCUGUUGAGGAAACUCCUAUUGGGGAAACUCCUAUUGAGGAAACUGCUAAUGAAGAAACUGCUAAUGAAGAAACUGCUAAUGAGGAAACUCCUAUUGAGGAAACUGCUAAUGAACAAAAUCCAAUUAACUCCCCAUCUAGAUCCGCAUUAAACACCCAUGCCGAUUUAACACUCGACACAGAAGAAUUCAAAAUUCUUUAUCUCCCUGUAGAUAUCACGCCGGGUUCUCAAACACCACAGACGAGAAUCGUGGGGGGAACUCGCGUUACUAAUCGGGAAGAUUUCGCGUACCAAGCCUCCUUUAGAUUGAGUACGGGGCAACAUUUCUGUGGGGCCACCAUCAUUGACGAUACGAAUGUGUUAACCGCCGCUCACUGCGUUUAUGAUGAUAACCAAAAGCUGCUUCCUGCGGCAAGACUGAUUAUUGUCGUUGGGGAUUUAAAUGUGAAGGAACCUAAUGAGCACACGGUUAUUCGAGCGGUUCAAGUGAUUGUUCCGCAUCCUAAUUAUAAUUAUAAAACGUUCCAAAAUGAUGUUGCUAUUCUUAGGAUCGAAUCUUUAGGUGAAUUUACAAACUACGUCAACAAAAUCGAAUUAGCGAGAACAACCCCUAGUGUUGGAACGAGAUGCGUCGUUUCCGGUUGGGGAAAAACCUCUUUCAAUGGACUUAGCAGCGCAGAAUUACGACAAGUAACUGUUCCUAUUGUAUCGCAAAAAGAUUGUGAGAUUGGGUACCCAUACGGAAUACUCGAUGGAAUGAUUUGCGCCGGUUUAAUGGAAGGUGGAAAAGAUGCUUGCCAGGGAGAUAGUGGUGGUCCCCUCGUUUGCGAUAAUAAAUUGGCUGGAAUUGUGUCGUGGGGAAAAGAUUGCGCCUUGAAAAACCAUCCUGGAGUUUACACCGACGUCGCAGCUUAUUAUAAUUGGAUUAGGAUUCAACAAGGUUUAGAAGAUAGAAUUGAGGGAGAAAUUCCAACGGAUAUCGAACCUCGAACAACAACUGGAUUAAUUGCUCAAAGACGAGACGAAUUCCCAUACCAAGCUUCGUUAAGAUACAUUAAACCAGAUUAUCAUUUUUGUGGAGCUACAAUAAUCGAUUUUAACCAUUUAAUCACUUCAGCGAAUUGUGUGAUGAAUGAUACUAAUGUUAUAGACCCAGAAAGUUUAUCGGUUGUCGUUGGUGACAUUAAUUUACUUGAAAACACAGAUUCAACGGAAUAUAGGACCGUAACACAUAUUUUUACCCAUCCCGAUUUUAAUCAGAGUACAUUCGAAAAUGAUAUUGCAGUUAUUAGGGUUUCUGAACCGUUUGAGGCGUGGACACAAGAUAUUAAAGCGAUUGAAUUAGCUGAAACAUCUCCUGAAGCUUAUUCAUCUUGUAUCGUAUCUGGGUGGGGUGCUGCAUCAAACCCAUUAAGACCAAAUGAAAAUUUAAGAUACGCUUCAAUCCCAAUCAUUGAAAAUCGAACUUGUACCGAAAAAUACAGCGGUGGUAUUCACAACGGAAUGUUUUGUGCUGGAUUUUUCGAUAAAGGAAAAGAUACUUGCCAGGGUGAUGCUGGCGGUCCAUUAGUUUGCAACAAUAAAUUAUCUGGAAUUGUUUCUUGGGGACAUCGUUGCAUUAACGAAGGAUUACCCGGAGUUUACACAGAUAUCGCUCAAUAUAGAACUUGGGUUGAUGAACAAAAAGCCAGAUCAACUUCAAAUUUAUUAAAAAAUUCAACAUUUGUUCUUGCAAUUUGUUUUUUUAUUUCGAAAUUAAUUAAUCUAUAAACUAAAAGUAUUUGUAUCGUUUUUUAUGAAUUAUUAAGAAAUUGCCUUUAAUUAAUUUGAAUACUUUAAAUUAUUUACUAUCUAAUAAAUGUAAAUAAGUUAAAAAUAAGAGAAUAAAGAAAUUGUUAUUAAUGAACUUGUAUGAUACAUUUAUUUGUUCUACGAUAAAAGAUACGGCCAAGGUGAAAUUUCUCAGAAUAAUUGUUUCAUUUUAGCAAAUUUAAUUAGUUAUUAUUUGUUCUUUGAUAAAUUUGAUAAGCAUGU